GACACGGCCGCGCUGCUGGGUGGUGCGGGUGGUGCGGGUGCGGGAGGGCAGUCCAGCGCAGGAGGUGCAGCGGACACAGCAGCGGCUGGUGGCACUGCUGCUGGUGCUCCUGGACUUGGUGGUGAUGUGGGCUCGACCUCGCUGCUGCACUCGGUCCCCUGGGAGGACCUGGCGGUGGCAGCAGUGGAGUGCGGCCACCUAGAGCUGCUGGCGUGGCUCCUGGACUGGAGGCAGCAGCAGCACCGGCAGCGGCGGCGGGGCGGUGCUGGUGGCAGUCGCAGCAGUAGCGGCGGCGGCGGUGGUGCAAGCGACGCGAAGAAGAGGGCGGCCGAGGAGAAGAAGCGGGAGGACCAGCGGUAUUUUGGUCACGAGGCGUUCCUGGCUGCGGCCGAGGCGGGCAACCCGGCGGCGCUGGAGCUGCUGGCGGCGCAUGGGCUACCCAUGGGGAAAACCGGGCAGGCCUACGUGCUGGCGGGCCGGAACGCCGACUUCACGACCCUGCGCUGCCUGCGCCGCUUGGGCUGCCCCUGGGACGCAGGCGGCGACACCUUCGACACCGCGCUGUACGAGGGCUGGUCGGGCCGCCCGCUGGUUUGCAGCUUGGCGGUGCUGCGGUGGCUGCGGCGGGAGGGCUGCCCGGUGCACUGGAACAACGCGGCAUGGCAUGUGGGGCAGCGGGUGGACGAGGAGGCUGCGGCGGUGGAGCAGUGGAUGGCGGAGGAGGAGCCGCAGGGCUGGUUGAGCGAGGAGCUUCAGGAGGAGGAGGAGGAAGAGGAGGA